UCCCCCUCCUGUCUCCCCCGCAUCCCCGCAUCCCUCGCCGGCCGCUCGGGCAGAGGGCCGGGCUAUGCAGCUGCGGGGCGCCGGGGGCCGCGGGCGCGCGUCCCUGCGGCGGCGGCGUCUCUGGGGCCCGCGCCCCGUGCGCCCCCGCUGCGGGCGCCUGCUCCCUCCACCGAGCGGCGUCUUUGUGUGCGGGGGUGUGGGAGGCGAGGCGCGAGUCCGCGCCGCGCCGCCGAGUGCCCGCGCCCUCCCCGGGCGGGUGGGGGCCUCUCCGCGCCACCCGCCGCCGCCUCGCGAGGACGCCCGCGGCCCGCGCCGCCCGCACCGCGCCGGGCGCGCCACCCCCGCCCGCCGGCGCCGCUCGCACAUGCCCGAGCCGCAGCCCUGCGAGCAGGCAACGCCGGCCCCCCGCCCCGCGGCCCCGGGCCCCGGCUCUGGCGCCGUCCCUCCUCCCGGGCCGGGCGCCGCGGCCCCGGCAUGAGGAGCGGGCGAUGAUCCCCGCCAACGCCUCCGCCAGGAAAGGGCCCGAGGGCAAGUACCCGCUGCACUACCUCGUGUGGCACAACCGCCACCGCGAGCUGGAGAAAGAGGUCCGCGCCGGCCAGGUGGACAUUGAACAGCUGGAUCCCCGUGGGCGGACGCCCCUGCACCUGGCCACCACCCUGGGGCACCUCGAGUGUGCCCGUGUGCUGCUGGCACAUGGUGCAGAUGUGGGCAGAGAGAACCGCAGCGGCUGGACAGUGCUCCAGGAAGCUGUGAGCACCCGGGACCUCGAGCUGGUGCAGCUGGUGCUGCGGUACCGGGACUACCAGCGUGUGGUGAAGCGGCUGGCGGGUAUCCCCGUGCUCCUGGAGAAGCUGCGCAAGGCCCAGGACUUCUACGUGGAGAUGAAAUGGGAGUUCACUAGCUGGGUGCCCUUGGUGUCCAAGAUCUGCCCCAGUGACACAUACAAAGUGUGGAAGAGUGGGCAGAACCUUCGGGUAGACACCACGCUCCUGGGCUUUGACCACAUGACAUGGCAGCGAGGGAACCGCAGCUUUGUCUUCAGGGGCCAAGACACAAGUGCUGUGGUCAUGGAGAUUGACCACGACCGCCGGGUGGUGUACACGGAGACCCUGGCGCUAACUGGGCAGGACCGGGAGCUGCUGCUGGCUGCCGCUCAGCCCACCGAGGAGCAGGUGCUGAGCCGGCUCACCGCACCCGUUGUCACCACACAGCUUGACACCAAGAAUAUCUCUUUUGAGAGGAACAAGACUGGCAUCCUGGGCUGGCGCAGCGAGAAGACCGAGAUGGUGAAUGGGUAUGAAGCCAAGGUAUAUGGGGCAUCCAACGUGGAGCUCAUCACUCGGACGCGGACAGAGCAUCUUUCAGAACAGCACAAGGGCAAGGUCAAAGGCUGUAAGACACCUCUGCAGUCCUUCCUGGGAAUUGCUGAGCAGCAUGGGGGCCCCCAAAAUGGGACCUUGAUCACUCAGACUCUGAGCCAAGCCAACCCCACUGCCAUCACUGCAGAAGAGUACUUCAACCCCAACUUUGAGCUUGGCAACCGUGACAUGGGCCGUCCCAUGGAACUGACCACCAAGACACAGAAGUUCAAGGCCAAGCUGUGGCUGUGUGAGGAGCAUCCCCUGUCCCUGUGUGAGCAGGUGGCCCCCAUCAUUGACCUCAUGGCCGUCAGCAAUGCACUUUUUGCCAAGCUCCGGGAUUUCAUUACCCUCCGCCUGCCUCCAGGCUUCCCUGUCAAGAUCGAAAUCCCGAUCUUCCACAUCCUCAACGCCCGCAUCACCUUCGGGAACCUCAAUGGCUGUGACGAGCCGGUGCCCUUGGUGCGAGGCAGCCCCAGCAGCGAGACCCCUUCCCCAGGCAGCGAUUCCUCCAGUGUCAGCAGCUCCAGUUCCACAACCUCGUGCCGCGGCUGUGAGAUCUCCCCUACGUUGUUCGAGGCCCCACGUGGCUACAGCGUGCUGGGCGGCCAGCGAGAGGCGGCCACCCGCGACGAUGAUGACGACCUGCUGCAGUUCGCCAUCCAGCAGAGCCUGCUUGAGGCGGGCAGUGAGUAUGAUCAGGUCACCAUCUGGGAGGCGCUAACCAACAGCAAGCCGGGUACUCACCCUAUGUCCUAUGAAAGUCGCCGACAGGACAGGAGCGCUCCUCCUACGCCGCAGCGCCAGUCCGCGCCUUCCGCCGCCCUGGCGUCGGUCCCCAGCCCUCGGCCCAGCCCGCGCCCAGGACCAGGCGGCCACGUGUUCCGGAGCUACGACGAGCAGCUGCGGCUGGCCAUGGAGCUGUCCGCGCAGGAGCAGGAGGAGCGGCGGCGGCGCGCGCGCCAGGAGGAGGAGGAGCUAGAGCGCAUCCUGCGGCUCUCUCUGACCGAGCAGUAGCGCCCACUGCCCCGCCCCCCGGCCACGCCCCGCGGUACCCGCCCCGCAGCGAGGGUCUUUCGGCCCGCGCGCUCCGGCAGCUGCGUCUGGAGCCGCCGCCUCGCGGGCGCAGCCGCGCACCCGGCGCCAGACAGGGAGGGGUUCGGCCCGGCCGCGGGGUACCUUUCCGGGCCAGGGCCCUGGAGGCAGCUGGCACGGCCCGGUCUCCCUGCUUUGCUGUAUCCUGACCCCCUACCCCUCUCCUCUGGGCUCGGACCGGUCCAAGGGCGGAGCCAGGAGGUCCUGAGGGGGAAACGGUUCUCGGAGGAGCAUUGUCCCCAUCCCUUGCUCCUUCUGGCCGGUCCUCCUUUCUGCUCACUGACCCCACUCCAGGACACUGCCCGUGAAGCCUUUGCAUCUCCGCUCUUCAUCCCUGGGGGGCAGCUGAGCUCCCCACGUGCUGUGUUGCUGCUUUGUCCCAGACACAAACCAGCACGUCAAGGGCCCAGCCCCUCCCCCACCCCGGCAUUUCAGCGUCAAGUGCACUUAGCGGGGUGCCCGGCUCCCCCAGGCCCCACACCCCUCCCGGGUCUCAGGGUGGUCCCAGCUUCUCCUUGGGCGGCCAGAGGUUGGAGUUGCCAUCCCCAAGGCACGUGUCUGUGAUCAGGGAGGGUGUCCAAGGUGGCCCCCGGUCUGGGCAAGGCCUGGCUCCCUUAUGACGUCUUGGCGAAUGGAGAGGGGGGGGCGUAGUGGGCAUGGGGCAAACACUAGACUGGACACAGAGGGAUGGUCCAGGGCCCUGACACUACCACCUACCCCUUCCCACCAGCUGCUGCUAGCCCUCUGUGGUUGUGCGUCCCACUUUCCCCCACCCAGGGGCUGACUCUAAAACCCUUCAUCCAAUGGUGCUAACCCCCGGCUCUCCCCUGCCCCACUCCACCCACCCAGAGAAGCACAGACCCCGCCAGAGGCAGGGCCCACCGCACACCCUUGUCUGGGCUCUCAGACUGGCCUUCCUGGCUCAGCCAGUGACAGAAGGGACACAAAAGGGAUGGAAGAAAAGAACAAAGAGAAGCUGUUCCUCUCACCCCCUUCCCUGAUGCCAGGGGCACCAGACUGAUUCUGAGGCACAAAUAAAAGAGGCUUCAAACCUGA